CUCAAAAGCUUGCAAUGGCCAAUGGCAGAGGCGAAGAAACGCUGUCUGCGAUAGAUCUGAAGAGCCUCUGCCGACACAGAAGCGAUGUAAGACAGAAGCGAUGUAAGCACGUGGAUGGAAGUGAUGUUCUUGGAUGCCACUGAUCUUCCCUGUCUUCGUCUUUUCCUCGUGUGUCCCUUCUGCAGCCGUCUUCCAUACAGCCGCCUCUGCCAUCAUGGGUCUGCAAACGAAGCACCUACAUCCGUUGGCGCUCGUCAUCCUGCUCAUCUUCGCUGACCUCGCCCGUGUCGGGAGUGCGGCCCAGCAGGCCGUCGGGCGGCUCACAAGACUGCAGAGAUACCAGCCCAAGGGUGUGCAGUCGCUGCUGGCCGGCGAGUCCAUGAAAUUGCAGCAGCGGCAGAACUUCAACAUCGCAUCGGAAGAGGCGCUCAGCGCCCAUGCGCGCGUCGAGCUGCAGGCGUCCUACACAUACCGGGUCAUCGCGGCGUACUUCGCCCGAAGCGACGUUGCGUAAGAGAGAGGGAGGGAGCGAGGGCCGCACGCGCUCAGCUGUCCGGUGAUUGGUCAUUUGGUGUCGUGUGUCACGCGGUGAUGGUUGUUCUCAGGCUCGGAGGGUUCGAGGAGUAUUUCCGGAAGAAGAGCGAGGACAGUCUCGAGAAGGCACAGACGUUCAUCGACUACAUGAACAGGCAAGAGGGAGGGGACCAAUCAACGGUGUGGACAUCGAAUACGUGUGUGUGUGUGUGUGUGUGUGUCAGUCGUGGCGGCAUCUUCAUCUUCCAGAUGCUGGAGGCGCCCCGUUACGACUGGACCAGCGCCACAGACGCCAUGAAGCAUUCACUCGCAAUGGAAUUGGACAUCAGUGACUCACUCCUCAAGGUAGGUAGAUCACCAUGUGUGUGUCUGUAUCGAUGACGCCGCUUCUGUCAGGUUCAUCGGGUGUGCACAGAGGGCGGCGAUCCGCAGUUCACCGACACACUCGAGACAUUCUUCAUGCGCCGCCAGGUCAAACCGCCACCCCACCACCCAGCCCAUCCGCCCACACACUUGCCGUGCUGUCUAAGUGCAGGUAGAACAUCUCAAGGAGAUCGCUGACCUGCUGACCAACAUCGAGAGGGUGGGCCACAAGGGCGUCGGCAUCUACAUCCUCGACCGCGCCCUCAAGCAGGGAGGCGCAGAGGGGGCGGGCGCCAACCCCAACACAGGCCUGCAGGAGGCAGAGGCCGGCGGGGAGGCGGGAGCGGCCGAGGCAGGCGCAGCCGGGGCCGGGUGAUCCAUCGAUCCAUUGAUCGAUCCACACAUGGGUUAGAGGAGAGAGAUGAGACGGGCGGGAGCUCAGCAAGGGUAUAGGAGGGGGGUUGCUGGCUGGCAGGGUUUUUUCGCAGUGGUGUGUAUGUCUGUACAUAUGAAUGAAUGGCAUAGUGAGUUGACG